UCGGCAGCCAUUUGUUUGUACCUCACACAACCGUGGGCACUCACAGACACUCUAUCCCCGCGAUGGCCGCCAACCCGUGGGUCCUGGAGGAUGACAUGUCCUGCCCGGUGUGCUUUCAGACGUUCUCAGACCCUGUGGUACUGGAAUGUAGCCACAGCUUCUGCAGGCGCUGCCUGGACACCUACUGGACGGGCCGGGUCAUCAAACUAUGCCCCGUGUGCAGACAGACUUCCUUGACCAGAUCCCCGACUAGCAACCUGGUUCUGAGAAACAUAGUGGAGACCUGCGCCAAGGAGAAGAUCAAAACCGAGGAGGAGAGGAAGGAAUGGAGGGAGAAAGGAAGGAGUAUGUCGACAGUAGAGGGAGAGAGAGAUGGAAAUGGGGAACGUGGCGAGAGGAGGGUGUCACUGAAUGAGGAGGGGGAGGCUCGGUGUGCCAAGCACGGAGAGAAGCUGCUGCUCUUCUGUAUGGCGGACAAUGAGCCUCUGUGUGUGGUGUGUCAGACAUCCAGGAAACACAGACAACAUCAGCUGUGCCCUGUGGACGAGGCUGCCCAGGACCUCAAGGAUGAAUUUAGAGCCAGUCUUCCCCCUUUGAAGAAAAAGUUGGAGACUUUCCAAAAAGUAAAGAAGGAGUGUGAGAAAACAGUACAGCAUAUCAAGAACCAAGGCAGUCAAACAGAGAAGAAGAUCAAACAGGAUUUUGAGGACCUUCAUCACUUCCUGCUGAUGGAGGAAGUGUGUAGUCUGUCAGCCCUCGCAGAGGAUGUGGACAUCAAGUCAGUGAUCAUGAAGGAGAAGAUUGAGCACCUGAGCAAGAAGGUGGCAUCGCUCUCCAGCACCAUUAAAGAGAUAGAGCAGAAGAUAGACUCCAGAGAUCUCCUUUUCCUGCAGGAUUACAAGACCACCAAAGAAAGGUCCAAAUACCCUCAGCCUGACCCGGAGCCUGUCUUAGGGUCUCUGGUAGACGUGGCCAAACACCUGGGCAACCUGAAGUUCUCAGUCUGGGAGAAAAUGCAGCAGAAAGUCCAGUAUUUCCCAGUGACCCUUGACCCCAACACAGCUGCCCCCUGGGUCUCUCUGUCUGAUGACCUCACCAGCGCUUGUCACUGUGACGUGACUUCCCUCCCCGACAACCCGGAGCGAUUUGACCAGUGUGUGUGUGUCCUGGGAGCCGAGCCUUUCUCGUCCGGCCGCCACUGCUGGGAGGUGAACGUGGGGUCCAAGACCCGCUGGGACCUGGGGGUCCUGAACGAGAGCGUGUACAGGAAGGGCAUCCUGACUGUGAACCCGGCCCACGCGUUCUGGGCCCUGGCCCUGAGGGACGGAGGUCAGUACAGUGCCUGCACCAUGCCAUGGACCCGGCUCACCCUGAAGAGCAAGCCCAGCAGGGUGAAAGUGUGUCUGGAUUACGACAAAGGAGAGGUGUCCUUCUACGACUCAGCCGACAUGUCCCUCAUGUACACGUUUGAAGGCAAGUUCACAGAGAGGCUGCUGCCCUACUUCUCUCCCUGUGUGAGCGAUGCCGGUCGCAAUGCCGAGCCCCUGAAAAUUUGCCCUGCCAAAGUGUCUGUGGUUAUUGACAUUGGGGAGGAUGACCAAAACAAAGAAUGAAGAAAAGAAAAGUAAAAAAAAAAAUGUGUCAGCUUAUUCCUGUCUCCUCUAUUUUUGGUUUCUGUCUUUCAAUUAACUGUGUAUUAAACAAACAGGAUUUUCUAUUGAAACAAUGUUAUACUGUGUAUGUAUUCGGAAAUAUUGCUUUGCAUACUCAUGGACUUCUGAUUAUGUCCGACUAAUAAAGACUUCAUGAAAUAAAGUAAACAUGACUCAUGACGUUGC